AUGGGUCACGUAUAUCUAGCACUUGUCCUCCGACCCAUGCAAACACCUUUUCGCACUCUCAUCCUCAUUCCAAGGACAUUAUCAGUACCUAAUGCAACAUUUUCAAGGCGCAGUUACACGACAUCAUCAAUAACAAAACCAUGGUUUGUCGAUGAAGAGCCAGAGCCUCACAAAUCGCGAGCCACCGAGAGGGCAAGAAUUGAAUUACCAAAAGCAGCAAAAGAAUCACCGAAACACAUUCAAACUGCUUUUACAUUUCUGGCGCAAUCACCUCUUAUAGAGCCUUCCACACUGACAUUAGACCACCCACUGUCGGCAGAGGACCAACCUGAUGGAGACUUGCCUUUACCUUUAUUAAAGAGUGUGCAAAAAUCCAGAGGAAAACAAAAGGAAAGGGGUUAUGGCCGAGGCGUAGGAGAAGGACCGGGUCAAGGAGUAUACUUGUGGGAGGUUAGUGUUGUGUUCUAUACAGAAGUAAUUGUGGUAUUAAGGGCUUUUAAGCUUGUUGCACAGGUUAAACAAGGUUCCGAAGUCCGAGGGGGGGUAGAAGUAGUUGCAUCCUCUUUGAGACAGAUGCUCAAGAGAGAAUACCCUGGACUACUUGUCCCGUCGAGAUCCAACCACAAAGACCAGAAGGAUGGCUGGACCAUGAUCGACCUAGGCAAUUCUGCAAUUCAUAUCUGUAGUCGAAGAGCGUGGCAGCUAUGGAUGGAUCCUGGUCGUGGAUGUGGUGCUGGAGGAGCAGGUUUAAGAGCAGCAUUUGGGCUUGCUGAGGCAGGACUAAAUACAGCAUGUAUCACCAAGCUCUAUCCUACCAGAAGUCACACUGUUGCGGCUCAACUAAUGGACGAAUUGACGCAACAGAACAUGACAGAAGACGACUGGCGAUGGCACAUGUACGACACAGUCAAAGGAUCCGACUGGCUCGGUGACCAGGACGCAAUCCACUAUAUGACUCGCGAGGCCGUAAACAGUGUCUACGAGUUCCGUUCUCCCGCACGAAGGAGGGCAAGAUUUAUCAGCGGGCUUUCGGCGGUCAAUCCCUCAAAUUCGGUAAAGGAGGACAGGCAUAUCGCUGUGCAGCUGCUGCAGACCGAACCGGUCAUGCCAUCCUUCACACUCUCUAUGGUCAAUCGCUCCGACACAACACAAACUUCUUCAUGGAGUACUUUGCGCUUGAUCUCAUCAUGCAUGAAGGAGAAUGCGUUGGCGUCAUGGCUAUCAGUUUGGAAGAUGGAACAUUACAUCGAUUCAGGGCACACAAGACCUGCGCAUACUUGCUCCGGAGACGGUAACGCAAUGGUUGCAAGAGCGGGAUUACCAUUACAAGACUUGGAAUUCGUUCAAUUCCAUCCCACGGGUAUCUAUGGUGCAGGAUGUCUCAUUACCGAAGGAUCACGUGGUGAAGGAGGUUACCUCCUAAACUCGGAGGGUGAGCGCUUUAUGGAGCGUUACGCACCGACAGCGAAGGAUCUUGCAUCUCGAGACGUCGUAUCCCGUUCAAUGACCCUCGAAAUCCGUGAAGGUCGUGGUGUUGGCCCUGAAAAGGAUCACAUCUACCUUCAACUCAGCCAUCUCCCGGCUGAUGUUCUCCAUGAACGAUUACCAGGCAUUUCUGAAACAGCUGCCAUCUUCUCCGGUGUCGAUGUAACGAAGGAACCUAUUCCAGUACUGCCAACAGUGCACUAUAACAUUCCUGACAUGGUGUUUAUAGUGGGUGGUAUUCCUACGAGAUAUACUGGUGAGGUCAUCACCGUUGACAAGGAUGGAAAGGAUCAGAUUGUUCCCGGUCUCUAUGCUGCCGGAGAAGCGGCCUGUGUCUCUGUCCAUGGAGCCAAUCGACUUGGAGCCAACUCGUUGCUCGAUAUCGUCGUCUUUGGUCGUGCAUGCGCCAUCCACAUCAAAGAAAAUUUGGACCCAGGAAAGCCUCACAAAGCUAUCCCCGAAGAAGCUGGGUUGAAGAGUAUUGAAGAUUUGGACAAGAUUAGGACUUCGGAAGGCUCUCUUUCGACAGCCCAGAUCAGGCUCAACAUGCAAAAGGCCAUGCAAGCUGACGCUGCUGUUUUCCGUUUGGAUGAAGGUGUGCAAAAGAUGACGGAGAUUUACAAGAGUUUCGAAGAUGUCGGAAUCCGAGACAGGGGCAUGAUUUGGAACUCUGACCUCAUCGAAACUCUCGAGUUACGCAACCUCCUCACCAAUGCCAUGCAAACCAUUGUGUCGGCAGCUGCUCGCAAAGAAAGUCGUGGCAUGCUUUUUUUAACCUAUUUACUGCACUGUGCACUAAUACAUAUUAAACAGAGAGAUGACGAGAACUGGAUGAAGCACACUUUAAGCUGGCAGCAAGAUGCAGACAAGCCGGAUGUUGAAUUGAAAUACCGUGGUGUUAUCGCAAAUACAUUAGAUGAGAAUGA